CUGCAACCAGGGAUCCUAUAUAGUAUUUAAAGGGGUAAAUCUAAGCAGUACUCGUAUGUAAAGUGGGUCCCUUGGUGCAGAUAUCUGAGUUUGGCUUUGUAACGUGUUUCCUGUUGAGCAUCCCCAUAUCCCACCCUCUGUAGUAGUUGGGGAUGGGGGCUUGGAGCUAGGAUCCAUGUCUAGAUUUGUCUGUGGCCAAGGUGGAUCAAUGAAUGAUCUUUCUUUUUUGUCCCUAAGCCAAAUACUGGUCCAAGCAGAUCAGCAAGGUUCUUUCCCCUUCUCUGAAUAGUAGGGGCAUCCCUUCCUCCCCACUUCUUCCUUGGUGCCCCAUGAUCUCUGCCAUUACCUCUACCACAUACUGAAUGCAGUUAAAUGGGGUGCUUCUUGGCUUCAUGCACUUAUUUCCUCCCUGUCCCACCAUUUCCUGCCAAUGCUGACUGGACCAGCUGAAGGAAGGUGGUGUGUGAAACUCCACACAUCCAGGUUGGAGGGUGCAACAAGGAAAUCUCCCCUUCUGCAGAGCACAUGAGGUGACACAGGGUAGUUACUCAUGUUAGGAACCAGAACCCUUGAAAUUUUACUUGCCGCUGCCCCAGACCUGCUUUCUCAGUUCUGCUCAUUCUGCCCUUCCACUCUGCUGCAAUCAGCUUUGAAGAGGGGACAGAAGGAGGGCCUAGAAUGGGUCUAAUCUAAGGUUAUUUAUGUGGAUGGUGCUGAUGCUGCUGCCUAUAUCGAAGCCCAAGGCAUAAAGGAAUCUAGCACUUGGUGGGCUGAAAGACUGUUGGUCUUGGGCUUGGUGACCUUGUUUCCACAUUUUUUUUUGUCACCUAAGGCAAGGGCAGCAGCAGUUUUAGGAGAGGCAGGAACGUUGGAACUGAAAUGGGAGGAAGAGGACAGGAGUGAGGAGGAAGGAGUUGUGGGUGAAUAUGUUGCAGUGAAGUAAACUGGAGGGGAUGGGUAGGGUGGGAGGAGGGGGGAACCUUAAACCUUUUGGCCCCUGCCACUCGGGAAGUGCACAGACACAGGCAGUGUUGUUAGUGCUCUGAAUGACACUGCCAUCAGCAAAAUCGCUCUACAUCAUUUUGGUUAAGCAAAAGAUAUGGUGUGGGGAGUUAGGGUGGUGGGUCUUUUGCCCUCAACAUCUCUGCAGGCUGGAGUUGGCUGCUUGGGGAAGAGGCAUUUUCUAUAUGGUGCAUAUUUGACACAAGAUGCUACCUCUUUUCUUCAGUGUGACUGUGUUGAAGAGGUGGUGUUCCCAGCACCAUCUCCUUUAUAUGCAUCUAAGUGACCAACUGCACUCUUUCCUAUGACUUUUGGAUACAGUGACAUCAUUGUAAAGAGGGGCAUGAAACAUGCCAACUCUGUGGAGACUAGCCUGUGGUUGGGAUCGUGGCUCAGGUGUGAGACCUGGAGUGCAAAAAUCUGGGGUUUGUUCCUGGGCCUGCCACUGAAGUGUAGCCUCCUUGUGCUGCCUCUUCCUCACUUAGAAGAACUUGACCUCACAGGGGUGGUUGUGAGGCUGAAUUCAUUGCUGGUGAAGUGUUUUAAGAACCUUGCAGACAGGUGUGUGGCCUGGCAUAGGGCAAGUAGAAGGUUCUUAUAAGCUCCCCAGAGCCAAAUCAGUGAGGCUUCACUCUGGACAUGUAAAAGUUCACUGGUGUAGAGCAACAAAGUGUUUUUUUUGGGAGGGGACUUCUAUAUUGGCUGUGGUGCAUUUUAGAUGCUAGGGCUAAUAUUCUCAACCAAGAAGGGACUCUCAGAUCAUCUGCUGUUGCUGUGGAAGCCCCAGCUUUCAACAGAACUAGACCUUCAGGCUCCUAUGCUGCUCCCUUGUCUCCAGCUCUUCACUCUCACCUCAGAAUGUGCCUGAGCUGGGAGCACAGGCAGACUUGGUUAAGGCCUGGCUCUCUUAGAAACAUGUUGGGGCAGGCAGCUUGCAAGAGCAGUGUUGGAUUCAGUGAUGUGGGUUUUUCCUUUAAUGUCUUGUCUAGUUUAGUUGCAGGAUUUGUAGUGGGUGUGGAGCACUGAGAAUGGGUUUCAGGCAGUUGUUAGAGAAACUGAAAAUAACAUGAUGAGUCCAAUUCCCUGCUCUUUCAAGAGGGCACAGCUCUGCUGUCAUACACCAGCAGUGAUAAUUUGUGGUCCCAGCCCUCACUACCAGUUUGGUUUGUUGUUUCCAUGAGGGUUUUUCCUUCACUCCAAAAUCUUCCCUACUCUCUCCCCACCUUCAGAAACCAGAAGGACAAAUGACAAUGGUAAGAAGUCAAGAACCUGGCAGAAUGGAAAGCAGAUGGGAAGGAGUUAGUGGAAUGCACAAAAACGACUUGUCCAAAAACCUCAAGCCAGUCUUUGCUGAGCCUUGAAUAUAAAAGCUGCAAUGUAUGCUAAUUCUGGGAACUGAAAUGGCCUGUGACUAAAAUGUGUUUCAGGGCAGCAGGGCAUCAGCUCUUACACAAUUGAACUGUGGCAGAUUUUUAUUUUUAUUAAACCCAAAUGUUGCUAAGGAUGUCCAAAAGACUAAUUCUGUCCUAAAAUGCUAGGUGUGAGACUUGAUGGCAUCUUUUUCCAACUAAUGUAGAAGAGCAGCUGUUUUUCCUUCUUUUUGGGUUUUACUUUGGUUCUGUGAUACAUUGUUAGGAAGGAAUAGCUUCUUGGUGGUGGUUCUGUAGUACCAAUCAAUUGCAUGGCACAUCUCUUUCCUUUUGCAGCAGGAGCUUGUGGGAUGGAUAUUUCAUAGAUUUCAUAGACGUUAGGGCUGGAAGGGACCUCGGAAGAUCAUCGAGUCCAGCCCCCCGCCCAAAGGGCAGGACGUCAGCUGGGGUCAUAGGAUCCCAGCAAGAUAAGCAUCCAGUUUCAUCUUGAAGGUGUUCAAUGAAGGCGCUUGAACAACCUCCGGUGGCAGGCUGUUCCAGACCUUGGAGGCUCGGACAGUAAAGAAAUUCUUCCUUAUGUCCAGCCUGAAACGAUCUUGUAGCAGUUUGUGACCAUUCGUCCUCGUCAUCCCUUGGGGCGCUCUGGUGAACAAACGUUCCCCUAGAUACUGGUGGUCACCCCUGAUAAACUUGUAGGUGGCCAUCAGAUCACCCCUGAGCCUGUGCUUUUCCAGGCUAAAGAGCCCCAGGGCUCUCAGCCUGUCAUCGUAGGGUCUGCUUCCCUGACCUCUGAUCAUGCACGUGGCUCUUCUCUGGACUCUCUCAAGCUUCUCCACAUCCUUUUUGAAUUGUGGAGCCCAAAACUGGACGCAGUACUCCAGCUGCGGCCUCACUAAGGCCGAGUACAGGGGGAGAAUGACGUCCCAGGAUUUGCUUGAGAAGCAUCUAUGGAUGCAAGCCAGCGUUUUGGUCGCUUUACUAGCCACAGCAUCGCAUUGCAGGCUCAUGUUCAUCUUGUGGUCAAUGAUGACCCCCAAGUCUCUUUCUUCCAUAGUGUUGGCCAACAUAGCACUGCCGAGCCUAUAAGGAUGCUGCGGGUUUUUUUUCCCAAGGUGGAGAACCUUGCAUUUAUCGGCGUUGAACACCAUCAGAUUCUCAUCCGCCCACUUGCUGAGCCUGUCCAGGUCAGCCUGGAUCAUCCGCCUGUCUUCUGGUGUGGAUGCUUUGCCCCAAAGUUUGGUGUCAUCGGCGAACUUGGCCAGUCCGCUUCUGACUCCAGUGUCCACAUCAUUAAUGAAGAUGUUGAACAGUAUGGGUCCAAGGACAGAGCCCUGGGGGACCCCACUGGUCACAGGACACCACGAUGAGUGACUUCCAUCAAUUACUACCCUCUGGGUCCGACCCCGGAGCCAAUUUUCCAGCCAGUGGAUCGUGGGGGACCCAAGGCGACAAUUGGCCAGUUUCUCCAAGAGACGAUCAUGGGACACCAGAUUGAUGUCAUAUAUCUUGACUCCAAAAAAGCCUUCUAUCUCAUCUCCCUUGUCCAGGUGAUAGGUCACCUGGUCGUAGAAGGAAAUGAGAUUGGUCAAGCAAGACCUACCCGCAACAAACCCGUGCUGGCUAUCCCUUAAGACGUUGGCGUCGGCCAGUCCAUUAAGGAUGGCCUCCUUAAUAAACUUUUCUAAGAUCUUCCCUGGGAUAUGAAGGGGGUUGACAAGUGUUCCUGUUAUGUUUCAUCCUGGACAGUGCUCCAGUUGCUCUCAGGGUUAUGCUUGCAAUUGGUUCCUGAAGGAACUCCACUAGUAAGUCCCUUGCUGCAAAGAGCUCUAGUUAUCCAGGGGCUACCUGCAUUUUUUUUUUCCUUUCACUACAUCACUGUCACUGCCAACAUUUCCAACCCCAGAUGAGGUAAUCUCAUAGUGCUAGUAGUAUUGAAACAUCCAGCACUGUUGUCCCUGUAAAGUUGAGCACAAAUGCCCCUCUAUGGGUACCUGCAAAGACAAUGCAGCUGGGUUGAGAAUGAGGGUUUUCUUAUACACUUAGCUGUCCUGAGGUUACCUAUGGUCCAACUGCACCAUUUUCUACCCUGCUUUGCUGCGAAACAUCUGACCACAGAAAUGUUGACUCAUGAACCAAGCUGAUAGAAAAUGCUGUGAUUUCUGUUCCAGAGCCUCCAUUGUUUUCAGCUGCCUGCGUUGUUUGUUGUGUUCUCCUCUUUCGGGGUCUGUUUUCUACAUUUGGGCCUUAGCAGGUUGAGAGAGGCUUCCAUGGUUAGCAGUAGCCACCUUUGGGAUUUCAUGGGAAUGUGAGAAGGGCCAGAGGGAGGUGGAAGAGAACUCUUCCAUCAACCCUCUUUAGUCUUCACCGCAGUGAGCCCUGCAGUUUGUAUUCUGUAAAACUUGGUAUAUUUCUGUGCAAAAAAAAAUUUAUUAAAAAAGGAAAAAAAAAAAAAAACCCUGACAAAAUUGUUCAAUGCGAUGCUUCUUCAAACUAAACCUGUUAGAGUCCAGCAGGAGCCUAACCAGGGGUAGGCAAGCAGGUCACUAGUGUUAGCAAAUAAAAGCCUAGGAUUCCAGACUAGCCUAGGGAUUGACACGACACCUCGUUCAAUGAGCGACAGAAAGGCUUUAUUUACUACAAGUAUUUAAAAUCAAGUUAAGUGAGCCCAAACCAAAUCCAGUAAUUAGCUAUAAAGUCAUGAUUUCUUACCAAACAGGUGAUCUGCUUCUCUUCAACUUUUCAAGUAAGUCAGGUGCAAGUGGUGUCAGAGAAAUUUUUUACUCUUGAAGCACGCACACUUUUUUUAUACCCCGAGUUUAGCAUCUUCAAAGCAUUUGUUUAGUUGUGUAAAUUGAGAAAGUCCCAAGCAGUAAUUGACAGGAAAAACCUGCUCAUUACUGGUUAUCAGAAAUUUCUAAUUUGAGUGAGUUACCAGUAAGAAGAGGUUAUCCAGUUUGGAACAUAAUCAGUUUCUUAACAACAGCCAGGAAAAACAUACUAAAUCAGGAGGAGACAUCUAUCACAUAUGGAGAAUGUCUCUUCCUGAACAUAAACAUGAGUUAGUCACAAAAGAAAUGUAACCCAGGCAGUACUCCAAGAUGUACCCCCUCUCCAAUUGAAGGGAUCAGAGCAGGUACACAAGCGUUGUGGGAGGUGUAAGGAUCCUCUCUCUCCCAUAGAGCAGAGCCAGACCACCAAUGGAGACUUAACCAUAUACUUUUUAAUGAGAAACACAGUAGUGGGAACAUAACGUAUAAACCAGGGGGUAUAGGGGAUACUACAACACCGCGAGGGGGCAGGAUUCAAUAAAGGUUAGCCACUUACAAUCUUGUCAACUGGAUGAAUGUGUAUAAGACAGGGUUAACCAAAAUAUAAAACACAAACAGCAGAGCAAUCAAUACUGGCUGGUGAAGUAUAAAAGGUACAAAAUACAAAAUGUCAAGUAACAAGAAAUAUAGGGCCUGGGUACCUGGAGUGGAGAAAGAGGGAAAACACCAUGACCCCUUUUCCACUGCAACAAGAAUGUCUCCCUGACACUUCGCUCACCCCAAUUCAUCCCAGCUAGGACUUGAACUCAGAUUUCCCACAUGGUAGGCAGAAAUGCUACCACAUAUAGUCACCAGUGCUACUACUGCUCUAAGCUGCUAGGGGUUUUGAUUUUCCAGGAGCCCCUGCCUCACAUUGAACUUCCUGGUCUUGCUGGAGCUCAGGAACCUCUCCUGCUGGCAGCAGCUUCUCAUAGGGGAUCCUGGAGCCCAGUGGGGAGUCUUUCCUGCUGGCUGCAUGCCACAUUGCUGAGGGUCCAUCUGCUGCCUGCAGGUCCCACUCCUUCAGGUUCUUCUGGGACAACUGCUCCCAUGCUGCUGGCCCAGCUCUUCAAAACACCUUCCUCACAGCCCCUCACUAGUCUGUGAAUUAACUGCUCUGCCCCUUUUAUCCCCUUCCAGGUGACCCAAGGAGCCAAUCAGGGGGCAUGGAGGGUGAGUCUCUGGGGCCUGAUUGGUGAGGAAAGGGAAUUCCAAGCCCUCCAAUCAUCUUUUACCCUUUCAAAACCCCUGGGCCUGAUCAUUACCAGCUAGCCUGUCACAGAAAUAUUUACCAUACUAAUUAAUCAAGGAUAGACAUUUCAUAUGGUUACACACCAGACAACUAAGAGUCUGCCUGAAAUCAUCUUGAAUAUAGCAAGAUAAGUUAGAAGAGAUACUUUAUUAUUCCUUCUCAGAUGGCCUAGCCAUGAACUUGCAUCCUCUUGCAAUAUGCAGUUAGCAUCAGUAUUCUAUAUUUUAACUUUUGUGAGUGGGCCCAAGCUUAGCAUGAAUUUCAGAGUCAUCACUAGUUCUGGGUGCCCUUUUUUAUUGGGGGGAGCGGGGGAGGGGGCUUAGAGGGAGUAUCAGAAUUGCAGGCAGCAGCUUUGGUUUCUGUGCCAGGUAAGACUGACAUCUCCCCCUUAUAUCUGCCCAGGGCGCUUGCUAGUUAUACAUCGGGUCAAGUGGGUCUGGGAGGUCUCGGCCCCUUCAGGAUACAGGGCACGAUUCAGCUUGGUACCUUAUGAAGCUCCCAUUUCCAGUGCAAAAGGAGCAUGCAGCUCUACCAAAGAAGGAUUCAGCAGUAGCAUUCUUCUAUUUUGCACUAGUGUAAAUGGUAAAAUCACAAGGUACAGGCCUCAGGGUACACAGAAUUGGGCCCCUCUUGUCCUUCUAUUGACUAGCUUUUUAAAUUUAAUAAAGUAGCUUUUCCUUUAAGGACUUAAGACCCAGCAUGCAGAGCCAGAGCUGGCAUUAUCAGGAGGUAAGAUGUAGCCUGGAAGCCCUUCUUGGAAAGUCAGUUGUAUCCUAGAAUGCUAGGCUCUACAUCCAGGGAGGUAUGUCUUGGUUAAAGGACAGUGCUGAGAACUUGAACAUUUGGAUUUUGUUGCUGACUUGUACAACCCUGGCUUGGCUUUCUUGCUCCUCUUCCUACCACCCUCCUCUCCAGCUAUGAAGAUUUGCUCACAGAUAGCAGUAUAUUUUUAAAGCAUAAUGACAGUUGAUCUGCAAGGUUACGGUUUCUGACUUGACUGUCUCUUUAAGAUGACAACUGUAUGAUCUGCAGUGUCCUGGAAUUUGCACAAGACAAAUGCAGCAGGAAUGAAAAGGCGAAGCAACUGUUUCUUGUGCAGCGAUAUAUUUGGUGCAGUAUGUGACAUGGAGAUGCAGGUUUGCUAAGGGAAAUCUGGAUUUCUUGGGUAAUAGUGCUUGGCUUGCAGUGAAAGCCAAAAGCAAACAUCUGUCUCUGGUCUCCAAGCAGUAUCUCUGGUUGGUAAAAAUGAAUGGCAGGGGUGAUGAGGGCAGAGAUUUUUUCUGAAAAGGGCUUGUAAGUGACUUAAGAGGGUAACCUCUGACUUCCAUCUCCCCUGUAAAUUUCUAGAACAAGGUUAUCUAAGACCAGACUGUAUGGGGGACCUCAGGCUGAUUCAGAGUCUCUUAAAGCUGCCUGUAAUAUUUCACUCAUACUGUUUAUUAGGCAGCAGCAUCUAAGGUGGGUGUGACAGGUUGCUGUAGUGAGUCCCCUGACUUUAUUUUCUUACACUGAUAACAAAUGUAUCCUUUGAAGGGCUCUGAGCAUGUUUCUGCAAAGUAGGGACACAAGUCAGCUGAGAUCUAGCACCUGGGUUGUUUGCACUCAAAUGUUUCUCAGCCCAAAUAAGGACACGCCUGAGAUAGAGCAACAUAUCAUGAAACUGCCUAGAUGCAAAGUGGUGAAACUGAUCUAGUGUAUGUGGCAAAAAAGGAAAACCAUCAGUAAUAAAAUGGGGGAGACAUUUUAGUUACAGAUGUGCUGUAGCUUCAUCACUCUAAGGCAGUGGCAGGCACACCACAAAUUAAGCCCUGCAUCCUUCCUGAAUGCCACUCCAAUCCCCUUCCCUCACCCAAUGUGUUGUUCUGCUUGUCCUAUCUGCCAGUGUGUUGCCUGCCCCUCCUCCAUCUGCAGCAUGCCACAGAUAGGCUGCCAGUGCUACUAGCAGCACCCAUGCCACAGGUUGGCUGCCUGUCAGAGGCCAUUGGAAAUCGGUGCUCAGCAAGCAGUCAUUUAUUAAGAAAUCAGAGCAUCCCAUUUUCAAACCACAUCACUAUGGUCCCUAGAAACAUUUCUGCUAACCCUCCUACUUCCCAAACCAAUAGCAACUCUCAUUGGAGCUAGCAUUGUGACACUGCAGAGGGGUAGAAGAGCCGCAGCUCCUCUUCUGAGAGGAACUUUGUCUCCCACAGACACUUUUCUAGUAUGUAUGCUGCCCUGAGGGGAAUGGACUGUAUCAGCGAGAACUUCCCAUAACCAAUACCUUGCUUUGUGUCCCCUGAAUGUAAAUCUAGACACUCCCAGGAGCUCCUGGCCUGCAGCCGCCUGUCCAGGGGAAGGAACCUCAGGGCUGUUCAGGGUUAGUAGGUAGAAAGCACCUUAGUGUAUCAAAUGCAGGUUGUGACUCAAGAUGUGGCAUGUGCAGCUAGCAGAGGGGCUCUUAGUCCCUGCUACGUCUAUGUGCUCUUGAGUACCCCUGUUUACCUGCUCAAGCCUGCAUAAAUCAAACCUGUGAGGUGGAGCUUCUUCUAGCUGUGUACAGGUGUGCUGGAUUUGAUGCUCUCUUAGCCCAUUCUCAUGCUAAUACUCUCAGCUUUCUGUGCAGGCUCCUUCUUUUUUUGUUCAGUGUUUGUACAGUCUCUGGUGUGUGGGGUCCUGGACUAUGAUGGGUGCUGCUAAGCCCUUGUUGAGGACAAAGGGAAAAUGGAAAAGAGCCCUCAUGAAUGAGAGAGGAGAGUCAUCUGGACUGUCCCUUAACAGGAGGGAGAAAGGUCAAUGGUUAGAGCACAGACCUGAGGUCAGGACUGGUUCAUAUUCCUGCCUUGGCUUGGCAAGGGAGAUCUCAGAUAGAUCCCUUAAUGACUGCUUUGAGAAGGGUGAUGGCUCUCAUGUGCCUCCCAACAAGAACUUUAUGCCAUUGGUGUCUGUGAAGCACUUAAAACUGCAGAUGCAAAGGUGCUAGAGAAGGUGCUGCAAGCAGGCUGCCUACAGUUUUAAGGCCUGGCACUUCAUGACGCUCAUGAAACGAGAGAGCGAGAACAAGGACUGAACUGCUGCCUGAAACAGGAGAAGUGGAUUUCUAACUGCCACUGACAGGUGCUAAUUAGCCACCUGCCAUAUCUCAUUAAUGAGCCCUUCUGUCUCUUUAAGAGAAUUAAGGGCAGCUGAAUAGUGCAGCCAAUCCCAUGGCUUUACCGAGGUCUGACUUGCCAAAAAGCGGGAGGGAUCAGGAUCUCUGAGUGAUAUCACCAGCUGCUGAUAGAAAGGGGCAGGAAGAAGAAUUGUUUACGGGGAGUGUCUUGUGCUGCAUCAGUUCAGAACAGCUCUGCUGUGGUCAAAGGCUUUUCUUACCUCUGUCUGUGUUGUAUACGUGAUGCCUCCCGCCCGAUGCGCUCACUGCUGCACUCAGAACUGCGGAUCCCAGUGGCGUCACCAGAAUGAACCAUGGCAAAUAGUCCAGACGGAUGCUGCCUGUCAGACCCACUGCCGCCCCAGGUGGAUGAAGUGACCUAGGAAGGAAGUGACGAUGUGGCCAUUUUGGAGCCUGGACCUGAACCGAAUCCAAUGUGACUUGGGCUUCACAGAAGCCAUCAAUCAAAGCAUGCAGGUGCCCAACAGACUGAAGGUGGCAGAGGAGUCUGGCCUGUUGGAUCAGGAGAGAACAGCUGAGGAUGUUCCCCCAUCCUUUCAGAUGCACAUCCCUGAUAGGCUGUCACUGGCAGGUGAUGUAAUCAGCAGCUUGUGAUUGGAGGGUGAAACCACAGAAGGUGGAGCAGUUAAGGUACAAAGAUGUUGAACUCUUGUCUUCGGCAUAGUGAGGUGUAAUGGUAAGACAAUGGGAGGGAGGUAACAAGUGAUAGGUGGUGUUCAGUUUACACCAAAGCAAAGUUUACCAGUGUUCAAGAAAGAUGGCGUGAGCUGCAGAGAGAAAAGGGAAGAGAGAAUGUCCUUUUACCUCUUUUGUGCACCCCUCUGCACUCGGGAAAGCAUAGGCACAAGCUGGAGGCCAUGAGGUGUGUGGGUUUGGCCAGGGUCGUGUGACUCCGUCUUGGAACUCCACACACACCAUUUUAGAAUACCGGAGAUAACUGGGAAGCCAGCAGCAGUGGGGGAGGAUGCGAACAGCAUGGUUUCCUGAGGCAGCUGAGUACCUUAGCUACCACUUUCUGCAUUCUAAGCAGCUAAAGGGAAGGUAAGUGAACCAAAAAGAAAUGGAGUGAUGAAUAUGGGUUUCAGCAGAGAGACAUGGGGAGGGAUAGUUUGGACAGAUCCUCUUGGGCUGAUGGCAGGCAGGUUUGCAGAUGAAGAAGUGGGGCAAAAGUGUUUUGGAGUAAAAAAUUUUCCUGAGCACUUGGCUUUCAGCAAAGUAUGCCUGGUGAGGUGUUUCCUAGUCAAGGCUCAUGACAAUGCAUGUGCCCACCAUAGUGAAGGCAAUGUCUAAAGUCACCUCAAUUCCACUCAGGCAGGUAGGAGCUCUGACCUGUGUUUAGCACUGACUUCCCUUCUUCAGCUCCAGGGUACUGGGUAAGCAAAAACCCAUGUCAUUUGCACCUUGAAAAACAGCCCCUAACUCAAAGUAUGCUCAUGCUGCUGGAAUCACGUAUCAUUUAGUUUCCCUUCUCUGUGCUUUGAGGGGCUGACUGGCUCGUUCUCUGUACAGCUGGUGUGUCCCCCAGGUAAUGCAGCUUUUGGAGACUUGAAGCUGGAAAUCUGAAUACUUCUUUCAGGUAAUGGAUUGUGGGAGAAUGGCAGCUGGUCAGCAUGUUCAAACUGCUGCUGUGAGUGCCUGCCAGCUGUUGUGUAAGGCCCACAGAAGGGAACAGUUGAUAAGGGCACAGUUAAACUCAGCCUGAGGUAGAGCUUGUUUGAGAUGGAGGAGUUCUUUUAGCAGAUUCCGUUUCAUGUAAGUGCAAAGUAUCCAGCAUGGGAUUUCUCUGGUUCUUUGGGUUGGAGGGAAAUGUGUGUUAACAAAGUCAGCCACACUCUCUGGUGAAGGGCAUAUGCCACUAUUGUAAGAAGGAGAGAGAAAAUCCCAAAAUGGACUUCUGUGGGAAAACUUUGCAGGACCUUUAUCUGGAGGCUCUUCCACCAGGGGCUUCAGAGAUAUGUUGUACGAUGAGGUCCUGUUUACAUGGUUGUGAUGUUGCUUCUCCCAUAGGUUUUGAAAUCAUCUCCAUCCAGCUCUGACUAUGAUGCUGUUACCUUUUGGAACAUAGAGAAAUACAUUUAAUUUUUUUCUCUUUCCUCUCCAUAGAGAUAAUAGAUGCUGGUCCAAGGCCAUUGCUGGUCCCACAUGAUGGGGAAAACUCCUCUGUUUUGCAUGAGCCCCUGAAUUCCUCUACCCAGCCUUCACCACUGAGGGAGCUCCCAUUUCUGAACAUCACCACCAGAUCAGCUGCCCAGAAACGCAAAAGACCGACCCAGCAUGUGAGAUCACGGAGAGAGAGGCCACACAGUGAAAAUGCCCAGCUGCCCUGGCAUAGUGGAAGUGAGAGACAUGAUUGGCCAGACACAGGCCUACUGCCCAGCCCCACCCCGCAGUUCCCUCUGUUCGUGCACGGUGGCAGGAUCUACUCCUUGCAGAACAUCUUCCAGAUAAUGUGCUUCCUGAGUCGCCUGCUCUUCCACCAGGUUCAGAAGUCUAUCCAACCCCAAGCCCAGCCCAGCUCCCAAGAGGCUGGGCCAACUUCAGAAAGUUCCCUGGAGGAGAUAGGCAUGUCUGAGAUCAUAGCAAUGAGACAACAGUUGAAUAAGAUCUCAGGGAGGCUGCGCAAUCUGGAGGAGCAGUGCACAGGCUGGCGUCAGAAGGAGCUUCUGGUCUACUCUGUGCUGGUCUCUGCGUGUCUCCUCAAUACCUGGCUUUGGCUAAGGAGAUGAAGAACCCUCCCCAUCACAGAACAGCCUGUGUGCAUGGGGGAGUCCUGGCUAGAACACUCUCAGACCAUAAACUCUGUGUUUCUUCCCCUUGGUUGACCUGCUUCUUGAACUGUAGAUUCCCUGAGGAUCUGUGACCUUUGGGCUCUGUUUGCAAUGCAGAUGAAUGGAUUGGGAUGUUCCUUUUUUGCUGGAGAAAGUUGGAAGAUUAGAAAUGGAAGGGGCUUACUUGCUGGAUCAGCUGACAACAAAGAGAUGUUUGUAAUCAAGAGCUGUCCAACCCCUUUCAAAUGAUGAACUUUUUGUCUUGCAGCUGUUCUGCCUUGCGCUACUUUAGUAAGUAGUGUUGUAGGUGGGACUGGGCUGGAACAUGGAUGUAAAGUCACCAAGGGUGACCCAGGGGCUGCAAGAAGCAGUUUUAUUGGGUCAGUAGGUAGUGCUGGGGGUUUGCACUGAACCAAUCCUCAGCAUAGUGUUAAGGGAUGCUAUGUUGCUGUUGGUGCCAUCCUUCAGAACAGAUGCACAAAGCUGGGGUUCUAAGGGCUUGUGGCCAUCAAAAUCGCCAUUGCAUGGUGGAUAUGGGCAAUCCUGGUCUCUAGGCAAAUUCCAACUUGGGUAGCUAAGUUCUGACACCUAGAAAUUUUCCUGUAGUUUCACUGAGACACCUCUUCAUGUCCUGCAUAAAGUUUUUGUGCUGCCUGGUUGCACGGUUUGAAGUAACAGUUUUUAUGUGGGAGAAAGCUGCACUGCAACAGGGGGCAAAGCCAAUUUGUAAGGAAUGUUGGUAACCAUGAAGAUGGAUUGUGGUGUGUAUGAUUAUUUCUAAUGUUCAGGUGUUGGCCAGCAGCCUGGAUGAUGACUUGAGUGCCUGGAUAUCAAAGCCAAAAGAGUGGAAAUCUCACAGAUGGAAUAUAUAGCCUGAGUAAUGAGACUUGGCCCCAUGUAUUUUAUCAGUUUUGCAGGUUUGGGCUGGGUUACAGAGGAACUGACAAGGUUCUGCUCUGGGGUAUAUGGUGUCUCUUAUGACAAAGGAAAUUCUUGGCAUAGUAUUGGCUAAAAACUGUCAUGUGAUGAAGCUGGAAUCCUUUGCCUCAUUCAGUCUUGGAAAUUAUCAGUACUCUAAUCAGGAUCAGUGUUAACUCUCAGAUCCCUUGAUUGGCUCAGCAGGGAACUCUUUGUUUCCACAGAUAUCUAAUGUCACCCCCACUCAGAACGGGUGUGUGCGCGUGCAUAUGUGUGGUUAAUGCUAUUUCUACAACACUAACAGAAGCACUUUACAGACUUGUAUGAAGACAGGGUCCCUGCCCUAGAUAGCUUAAAAUCUAAGUUGACUGCAUAGAAAUGCAGGAAUUGAGAUGUAUAUAACUGAAAAGGAUCUGACUAAGUGGUCACUGACUGUGUGUGUGGGUGGGGUGUAUAAUAACACACUCAAAAUUCAUGGCUAUAAUUGGACAACUUCUAGAUACACUGGUCAGCCUAUUUGGAAUACCAGUACCAAUGCAUGGCCACAAAAUCUGGGCCAGAUGGUUAACCCAGGUUUAACUUGGUUUCUCUUGUUCCAUGUAUAAAUAACUGUAGGUGCAAGUUUGGUCAUUUAAAUGUCCAAGUAACUGAUUUAUUGGCACAGAUACUUAGAUGUUCAAAUGAUGCAAGUUGCACCCCUGUCUAUGCCUAUAAAUCUGGUAGUACUUGGAUUUCUAAAUAAAAAAUAACAGUUCUAUAAAUAAUCAUAGGUGCAAAACUCUGCCCCGAGGCCAAUGUCUAAGCUAAAGAAAAUAUGGAGAUUUACUGCAACAGAAGCUAGGAUCUGCUGACUGUUCGGGCAACUCCUACUGCAGUCAGGGAGGGUAUGUGGGUGUGUGUGUGGAUGACUGUCAGCUCAGGUGGUUCCUACCUGAGGUUAAGGAAUGGGAUGAGCUGAUUUGUUUUGCUACUACCUACUUUGUUGCUCUGGAGUGGUUGGGCUUUCUCUUGGUCUGCAGAACUUGCACUCCAGCUCCUCUCACUUCUAGUGAACAGACCCAUGGAUCCAGUGGGAUCUAUCACUUCAGUCAUCUGUAGUUCAAGAUAGAAUCUGCUACAAUCCAUGCUUGAAUUUUGCUAGCAAUGUUAUGUGGCAUUGCAGUGGUUCCCACUUCCCUGUAACUGGAGCCACUGACUGUAGGAGAUGUUAUUUUCUUUUUCAGUCCACAGCGUGGACCGAAGAGGCCUGAUCCAGUGUGGUGGCCAAGGCCCCCUAGCUCCUGUCAGGCAUGUGGAGAAGAGGGUGGUUCCAAGAUCAGGCCUGUGCUGGCUAGUUGGAGGGUAGUUGCUGACUGAUUGCUAGUGGUGCAGUGUAAUUUUUUUGUAGGAGGCCUGUGUCCUAGUAGGUUUGUGAAAAUCUGGAAAUAACAAUCAAUAAAGAGCCUGUUUAAACACACAUGGCAGAAUAUGCCAAUGGCCUCUAGACCUGCUUACUGUAUCAACACAGCUAAUUUUGAGUAAGGUUUUGUCCUCUGGACUGCAACUCUGUGGCCUUCUGCUCGGUGUCUAAGCCAUGUGUAUACUUACUAUGGCUUCAACAUCCUCAUCUUGUAAGAUCAUGUUGACUGAAUUGGCCAGCCAGUGUAAAAAUACCCGCAAAUUACAGCAGCCCAAGAGUCCUGGACAAUUUUUUGUGAUUCCACUCACCUGCUUAAGGUGGGAUUGUCUGUAGCUAAGUCAUCCUAGUCAAGCGUCUGUUCAACCCACUCUUGAAAAUUUCUAAGGAUAAAGAUUCCAUAACUUCUGUAGGUAGCCUGUUUUAUUGUUUGAGCACCUUCGUAGUCAGAAAGUUCCUUCUAAUCUCUAAUGUAAAUUUUGUCUGCUGCAGCUUGAGGCUAUUGCUCCUAGUUUUGUCUCCUAUGGUCAUGGAGAAAAGGCCCCCUCUCCAUCCUUUUCUUGGUAACCAUCCUUCAGGUAUUUGAGAACUGCUAUCAAAUCCCCUCUCAGUCUUUUCUUCUCCAGACUAAAUAACCCUGAUUAUUUCAGCCUUUCCUCAUAAGCCUUGCUUUCCAGGCUGGACUCUGCUGGACUCUUACCAGACUGUGCAUAUCCUUUUUGAAGUGUGGCCAGGUGAGGCCUCACCAGUGCUACAGAGAGCAGAAUCAUUUCCCUUGAUUUGCAAGUGACACUCCUGUUCAUAGAACACAGUAUGGCAUUGGCUUUUUUUGCAACAAGAACACACUGUUGGAUCCUAUUCAGCUUAUGGGCUACUAUAACUUCCAGGUCCUUCUCUGAAGUAUUGCUGCCUAGCCACUCAUUCCCCAGUCUGUUUUUGUGCAUUCAAUUAUUUUGUCCCAAAUGUAGGACUUUGUACUUGGUCCAGUUGAAUCUCAUCUGAUUGAUCAUGGACCACUUUUUCCAGUCUACUCUGAUCCUUCUGGAUCCCUAGGCCUGCUCUCCAGAGUGUCUGCAGCUCCACCAGCUUGGUGUCACUCACAAAUUUGCUAAGCCUGCCCUUGAAACCAUCAUCCAAAAUAUUAAUGAGGAUGUUGAACAUUCCUUUAAAAUAUUCCCUGGUAGUUUUAUACCACCUUCCACUGCAUGAUCCAGCUAAUGCCCAUUUGAGAUGGGCACUACUUUUUGCAUUCCAGAAGCACUGGAAAGUGAAGUACCUUAACAGCUGAUUAGUGACAGGAUGAAAUGGAUCCUAGGAGUCCUGACUCUUAGCCCCUGCAUGAAUUGCCAGGCUACACUGAAAGUGGUGCUUGAUCACAGCCUCAAGAUGAGUGGAGUGAGGACUAAUGAGCCAAUGAAAGUACAAGGACAGGUAAAACAAGGGUUGUAGGAUGCAUGAGCACAGUGAUGACUUUAGAUUUUGUAGCUCCUGGAGAAUCCAGUUCAGAUUUAAAGGUCCAAUUAACCCAUCCCCAAAUCUCACUUGGCACGCAGGGAGGUAUUUGGAGAAGCCAAAGGAGAUGGGCUACUACUAGACAAAGAUGAGUGUGGGAAUGGAGCCAUGGAGAAGGAAGUCAGUGUUUCUUCAGCCAUGGGUGCUCUGUGGCCUUUACAAAGACCAUGGGAGAUGGGAAAGCAGAAGGCACCGAGGAAGCGAGAAAAGGCUGUUAUACGUGAUGGAAACAUCUCUCGCCGUAAUCCCCUUCUACUGCAGUGCCAGACCUUAGCCUUCUCAGAAUGGGUUGCAUGGGGCAAGGGACCCUCCAGUAAUGCAUUCUGAGCUGUGUCUACCAUGUAUCCAGUGUUUCUCAAAAAGCACCCUGCCUUCCCUUGCCUGGCUGCAUGCUCCAAACCCAGAAAUGAGGUGGUAAAAUGACACUGUGUUGCACAAAUUAUUAAUUGCUCAAAUGAAAAAUGAGACUUUAAAAGAGGGAUGAGGCAAGAUGCUACGUUUAUUGAUUAGAAUAUUUAAAAGAAUGCGUGCGCGCACACACACACACACACACACACUCCCAAUUACUCUGCAGAUGUUAUAGUUACCAAAGUCUGUUGCUAGGUGGGCAGCCUAGGAGUACGAGAUGAGGGGUGGAGCCUCAUACAGACACAUGUCUGUGCUCCAGUAAAAUAUGCAGAGUGUUACCCAACUCUUGCUGCUAAGCCUCCCCGCUUUAUAGGGGGCAUCAAGUUGGUGUUGGGUGACCGAUUCCACUUUUCCUGACUCUGUGCCUCCUUUGCGUGAAUCUCAGUACUUUUCUAUCCUGACAAGUGGUCAGGCUCAUCCAUCACUGUCCUAGUUGUUGCUCUUCAAGCACUCUGUUUACCACAUUUUCCAUUAUCACUGAUGUAGGCUGUCUGGUGCAGAUGGGGUCUUUAGCCUUGAAGGGUUACAAGCCAGUGUCUUUAAUCUUGUUUCUUCUGCUUAUUUCAUUCCUUGCCUGGUACAGAUUGGAUUUAGAAUUGCCCCUUCAGCCUUUUCUUAGCAUAGUUCACAAUUUGUUAACUUGUUUGUUAACACAUAGCUUAUCCUGCUUCUACUAAUCACUCUACACUCAUUUACCCACACAUCCCAGUAUCAUAAAAAAGAAUACUUGUUUUGCUAUAUAUAUGUGUAAUAACAAGCUUAAUUCAUAAUAGCAGACUUAAAAUCGGUACAACUGAGAUACCUCUGCUGCUUCUCAAGCAUCCUGGGGUUCUUGAGUGGUGAGGUGCCAACCACUCCCAUUUUUUUGGUUUGGUAGGUUCGGGUGGGAAUGGUUGGGUAGGUUGUGUUUGAGAGCAAUGCUACAUACGAAUGCUGGGAAGAUGAUGUAGACAUUUCCUGAGGUGCCAGUGCUGUCUCUACAGCUCUUCCCUGUAGUCUGUCAUUCCCCCAGCCAUUCUGUUCAUGGAUAGAUAAAACAUCAUCCCAAUGGCCAUAUUUCUCAGCCAGCUUGUGCAACUGGUUCCAUGCAGAACAUCCUUGUUUCGAGCCGUGUGAUUCUGUGUGUUAGGCUGGAGGGAGUGAGACGUGGCUGGGUGAAGAAGGUUGCUUUGAUCAGUUGCAGCUAUUCAGAAAGGUCCCAUUAGUUGGUAUGGAGGUGGCCCUAUGGUCUGUAUGUAGGGGGCACUUACUGGGCUAGGAUGGGAAUGGAGCCAUCAUCUUCCCUUGUUUGUGUGUGUGCAGAUAGUGAACUGGGUGGUGAGGAGGGGGAGAGAUUUCUUCUUAAAUCUCCUCUCCCUGCCACCAUUCUGCUAAGGAGGGAGAAUGAGGCUGAGCAGAUACAAAGCCAGGGGAUACUGGGAGCCAUUAGCUGAUACAGUUCCUACAGAGGCCUUUCAUACAGUUGUCUUUGCCUAAUCACUGAAUGUCCGUGCCUCAGUUUCCCUGUCUGAAAUGAUCAUUUCCACAGAGAAUCCUUGGCUUUGGCCUUUGCAAGGGGCAUGUUCACAGAUGCUGCUCAUUUGUCAGCACAUUUGGAGAAGGUUUUGCCUUUUUUUACUUGCCAUUUUACAUUUUUUGCCUUUGGCAUGCUUUGUCUCAUGCGUGGGUCACAUGGUGGGCCUGUGCCCUCCUGAGGGAGGCUGGGUAGGAAGGGGAAGUUGCUGAGGCAGCUGCAUGUACUGGGUGUUUGGAACAUGUUAUGUAACAAAGUAUUGCUCUGGGGAAUCACUUGUCUUGGAUCAAAGGUAUGGAAACAAACAAGCUUGCCACGUUUCCGUGGAGAUUCUCUAGCCAUCUGUGAGCUCUGUGCCUGGUGUGUGUGUGUUCCCACUCCUCUCUUCUGCACCAUGCUGGUGAACUCAGAACCUGCCUUUUCUGGGCUGAAGAGGGGGAGUGUAUCAGAUCCAUCUGAUAAAGUCCCCCAGGCUUCUGUUCUGUGUGUGUGUGUUCACCAGAGUGGCCUUCCUGCCACCAUACAGAUUUAAGAAGCAGGGCAAGCCUAGGAAAAUGAAGGGUGGCACCAGCAGAAACCCACCUGCUAGUAGGUUUCCCUGCAGAACUGCAUUCCUGUGGUUGUGAAAAAACUGGGAGACGAAGGGCACUUCUCAGCUGCUCCAGCUCUUUCCACAAUUCCACAUAAACAACCUCAGAGACCCCAGUUUAGUUGAGCUGGUCAGAAAUGUUUUAGUGUGGAACAAACUUAAUUGCUGAAACCUUAGAAUUUUUUGCUGAAUGGCAUGCUUGUUUCCUGCUCUGUGAUGGAAGGUAGGUGCCUGGCCCAUUUUCAGCCCAUCUCUGCUUGUGCAGCGGUGGGCUGUGAGACCACCUGUGCCACUCCAUCUGCUCCUGGGCAAGAUAGGUUGGUAUCUUUGUCUAUCUGCCAGCCUUGGAAAUUAAAAUAUGCAUCAGCCCCUACAACAAUCAUCAAGUUUCAGAUUAAUAAUGACUUUUUUUUCCUUUCUCCACUAGUUUUUGAGCCUUUAGGUUUCCACAUUGUCAAGCUUUUCCUUGAAACUGAGAGCUAGAAGCUAAGUUAUUGUUUUAAACGAAAGCUGAGGCUUUCAGGUUAUUUACAUGAAUCCAGAUGUUGGGGCUUCUAGAAAAACAAUGUGCUGUGAGAUUCACAAUAGCAUUGCAGGAGUUGGCAAAUUGAUUUUGCUAAAAAACCAGCCAUUUCUGACAUUUUAGCCCCCCCCUUGGCAACUGGGUAGGUAUCUCUCUCCUGCACUUCAGGCAUGUAGAAACUGGCUAUUUGCCUAUUAGAGUGGUCUAAAAAAAUAACAGCUUCUUAAAAACAAUGACCACAUGAAAUCUCUCUUGCCUAAUUUCUGCCUUCUGGGUAGUUUACACCUUGACCAUCUUGCUUUUGCUGGUGGUUAUAUGUCCGUUGAGACUGGGGCAUAGGAGAUUAACAAAUUGAUGGUUCCUAACAUUUUCAGGCUGCCUGACUUCUAUAGUGCUGUCCAGACAAUAAAGAAACAACUGGGCUGCUGUAUUCAAAUGCAGCCAACUUCCAAGGAGCAAAAUCUGUUGCACAGCACUUGACAAUCCACAGACCUCCAGAGCUGAAGUAGUUUACAUCGCUUCUGGCCCCAAUUAUUGUGGUUGCCAGAGAGCAGUGCUGUGGACAAGCAAGUUGGCUCUGCUAAGAGGCCAAGCUGAUUAACUGGUCUGAGUGCAGAAUUGUGUGGAUGUAGCUCCCCAGUCAGGUGGUAGCUGUGAUGCCAGGCUGUGUUAUACUGUAUCCUUUCAGGUCCCUGCAGGUCAGGGCCAGGGUUUACCUUCAGUGGUCCAUACACAAAGGCUCAGUAUUGGGUUGCUACUAAUAAAAGCCCCUGACUAGCAGCUGUGAAACUAAUGGCUGCUAGUCCGUUUCAUGGCAGCUGAUGCAAGGCUCACCUUGGCCAGCUCUGGGCCCCAUCUUGUUUGCUGCCUGGUGCCACUGCAAGCCCAGUUGUUCAUAUCCAGGAUGAAAAUCCCAUUUCAGGGAGUCUCUUGGGGCACCAGGACACAGCCCCAAAAUUUGAGACCGUCCAGAAAGAAAGCCAUCAUUUUAUUUUAUUUUCUGCUCCUUACUGGAAUUGAUAGGUCAGGGAAGCACUAUGUAGAAACAGAACUCAUGGUCUCUCUCAGUCUCCUAUGCUGUAGCACUCAUCACUGCAGGGCGCUAAUCCAGUUGUGCACAUCACAGAAAGGCAGGGGAGGGUUGAAGCGUUUGUCACAGCUUGUCAAGGGCUUGGAGAUCUGUGGACUCAGAGUAGUUACAGAAGUGUAAAGGGUGGCUGUUAUUUCCAGUUGCUCUGUUCCUUUAAAGCUUUAUGAAAUACUGGGCAUGAGAGGCAAGGGGAAGGGAAGGGAAGGAAGGGACACCUUGGUUCAGGGAAUAUCUGUUCCAGGCCAGUGGGGAUUCAUUUAGAACAGUGGUCUCCAACCUUUUAAAGGUGAAGAUCACUUUUUGAAGUAAAGGGCAAUCCAGGCCUACUGCACCACCCCCUUGGUCUGCCCCCUCCCCCCUGUCCUUGCCCUCCUACCUACCCAGCAGGUCAGUUGGGGGAGGGGGCAGAUCAAGGCCCCUGCAGUGAGGAAGGGCAUGGGGCAGGGGUGAGUGGGGCCCAGGGGUGGGUUGGGUUGUCCAGGUGCAUGGGAAGGGGGGGCUCCCACCACUGCACGCACCCUGGUGGAGGCCCAGGGGGCAUGUGCCCCCCCAAUCUGUGCUCAGGGCAAGGCAGCUGCUGCUGCAUGCUGGGCUUUGUGCUCUGAGCUACAUCUAACAGUGCUAAUACUAUGUGGCAGCCCAGGCUGCUGAGGUAUUCUGGUUAAGAAUCACUGAGCUAGAGGGUGAUGGUGAGUGAGGGACUUCGGAGGGAAGUGGAGCAGCUCCAGGUGCAGAGGUACUGGAGGAGAGGGUGGAGCUUUUAUCUCUCCUCCCCUUUCAUUCCCCAGACACAAAGCCUUCUGUGACUAACUCCUGUGAAGUACACCUGAUGUUCAGGGAGUCGGGGGAAACACACAGGGGAUAAGCACAUUGUCGCAUGGAGAGAGAGAGAGAGAGAGAUGAGCUCUGAGCCAUACACAGAACAUUUCCUUGUUGCUGGGGGCACCAACUCCACCCUUUACAUCUGAAAGUUUUCUCCGUUGCUCUGACCUAAGGUCUACCUUUGCUCUGAGGGCUACUAGCCAGGCUCCCAGGGCUGGGAGAGAAGGGCAGCACCUUGCCACAAAGGACGGAGCUGGCUUGUCUUCAAAUCAGGUGCAAGGCUGGGGCCUUUUUGCAUGGAGGAUGACAGCAAAGAGUAAUGGUCUGAAGAGCUCACCUGCCAACCACCACUCUCCCCGGUUGUCUGUCAAAGCCAAGACUGAGGAUGAUCCAGACAAGACUGAGAUCAGCACCAGCAGGGCUGAGUCUGCCGAUGACACUUCCUCAGAACUGCAGAGAAUUGCUGCAUUGGACAAUGCAGAUCAGCCAGCCCGAAGAAGAGGAGCUCUGACCAGGAUAGUCCGGCUAGUGGUGAUUCUGAGAGACUGGGCAAACAAAAGCUUGCGGGAAGAGCAGCAAAGGCCAGACUCCUUCCUUGAGCGAUUCCAUGGGCCAGAACUGCAUACAGAGGAUGGUAACGAGCAAGGGGACAAACAUGGUGAAGGCAGCAAAAGCAAGAAGAAGAAAUGGAUGGUGUUUGUGGUGGAUCCUUCUGGGGACUGGUAUUACCGCUGGCUGCCUGUCAUUGCACUGCCCGUCCUUUAUAACUGGUGCUUGCUUGUGGCAAGAGCCUGCUUUAGUGAUCUCCAGAGGGGCUACUUCAUCCUCUGGCUUGUGCUGGAUUAUAUCUCGGACUGCAUCUACAUUGCUGAUAUUAUAAUCCGGUCACGCACAGGUUUCCUGGAACAGGGCUUGCUGGUUAGGGACCUUAAGAAGCUGUGGGAUAAGUAUGUCCAAACUUUGCAGUUCAAGCUGGACAUCCUCUCUGUCUUGCCUACAGACCUGGUGUACUUUGCAGUGGGAAUCCAUCGGCCUGAGCUGCGCUUCAACAGGCUACUCCACUUCUCCCGCAUGUUUGAAUUCUUUGAUCGGACUGAGACCAGGACUAGCUACCCAAACAUCUUCAGGAUUAGCAACCUGGUGCUGUACAUCCUGGUCAUCAUCCACUGGAAUGCCUGCAUUUACUAUGCCAUCUCUAAGUCCAUUGGCUUUGGGACAGACACCUGGGUGUACCCCAACAUCACAGACCCUGAGUACGGGUACCUCAGCCGGGAGUAUGUCUAUUGCCUUUACUGGUCCACUCUGACUUUGACUACUAUUGGAGAAACUCCUCCUCCAGUGACUGAUGAGGAGUACCUCUUUGUCAUUGUUGAUUUCCUCAUUGGCGUCCUCAUUUUUGCCACCAUUGUCGGGAAUGUGGGCUCCAUGAUAUCCAAUAUGAAUGCUACCAGGGCAGAGUUCCAGGCGAAAAUUGAUGCCAUCAAGCACUAUAUGCAGUUCCGCAAGGUCAGCAAGGAAAUGGAGGCCAAGGUCAUCAAGUGGUUUGAUUACCUAUGGACCAACAAGAAGGCAGUAGAUGAACGUGAGGUCCUCAAGAACCUCCCUGACAAACUGCGGGCAGAGAUUGCCAUCAAUGUGCAUUUGGAGACACUGAAGAAGGUGAGGAUCUUCCAGGACUGUGAAUCAGGCUUGCUGGUAGAGUUGGUGCUGAAACUUCGGCCUCAGGUGUUCAGCCCGGGGGAUUAUGUUUGCCGAAAGGGGGACAUUGGCAAGGAGAUGUACAUCAUCAAGGAAGGGAAACUGGCUGUGGUGGCAGAUGAUGGAGUGACUCAAUAUGCCUUACUCACCUCAGGACUCUGCUUUGGUGAGAUCAGCAUUCUCAACAUUAAAGGGAGCAAAAUGGGCAACAGACGCACAGCCAACAUCCGAAGUCUUGGCUAUUCUGAUCUCUUCUGCCUGUCUAAGGAAGACCUAAUGGAAGCAGUCACUGAAUAUCCCGAUGCUAAGAAGGUGCUGGAGGAGCGUGGCCGGGAGAUCCUGAUGAAAGAAGGGCUGCUGGAUGAGUCAGAAGCUGAGGCAAGCCUGGAAGGGAAGGAAGUGGAGGAAAAGCUGGAUCGGCUGGAGUCCAACCUGGAGACACUGAACACCCGUUUUUCUCGAGUGUUGUCCGAGUAUAAUACUGCUCAGAUGAAGCUCAAACAGCGCAUCUCUGUUUUGGAAAACAAGAUGAAACAGGAGGUUUCAGAUGACAUCUUUGAUGGAUUAGACACACCUGUGGAGGAUGAGGAAGGAGCCAAAUCUGAUGGGAAGAAGUGAGAAUCUGUAGAUAUCAGCCCCUGCUCUGUUCUGCAGGGUGCAGACAUGGCAUUUGCUGGUUUCUGUGUUUCAAGAACAAAUUACUAUCUGCCUUGUGUUGCAUGAGACUUCUCAGUGUCAUAGAAGUGUUGCUGUUGCUGCCUUGUGUGAGCGCUCUCUAAAACAGUUCCAAAUCAGGUGACUCUUGUAGCUCUUACCAUCUACCCUACUGCCUUAAUCCAUGGCCUAAGAAUCAGAUCAGUCAGAACAUGAGUGACCUCUGCUGCUGCUAACAUUUCUGUCCAACUUCUGCAAGGAGUAUGUGCUCAUCUUACAUUCUUGCCUCCUCCUUGCCUUAAUAGAUAGCAGGAGCUCAUCAACUGAAUGUCUUAUAUGUAGGAGUUAGUGGAGACACCUGAGCCCCUCUUAUGCGUAGGUGGGGGUGCAAUAACUUUGAUGUAGACAAAGGUCUCACUUGUUCACUUUGCUUUCCCUAAUGGGCUGAUCAGGAGGAUGCUCUUUAGAGGACCAGCAUCCCAGGAGCUAAUAAGCAACAGAGAGAGAGAAAGAGAGAGAGAGAGAAAUUGAACCAUCAGCCAGAUGCUUAUUUAAUGUAUUUUUGGUAACUGCUUUUGUAAUACACACUUAUAUUAUGUAAAUAUAUAUUUUCCACUGUAUGAUCACAUAUGUUUAAAAUACUAAAACCGAAAUGAAGAAGUUAUACCAA